AGCGCUUAACUGGGCUUCCUCGGGUAGCCAGUGGGAUGAAUAUCCAUUACAGAAUGAAUCGACACUGCUGGAUGGAUGCGGUGGCCAGAAAGUCCUAGGCGCCCACCCAGACUUCACUUUACAAGGCCGUGAAGAAUCCAGUCAAAUGAACAACCAGGAAUCGGACUGUAAAAAUGCCUCCCCUCAUGGAUCUGGGUGCUUUGAAAGCCCGCAGAAAAAACACAGCAAUGAAAAACAAAUCGUGGAAUCGUGUCUAAAUGAAGAUGAAGCCAUAGCCAAGAGGCUUUCUGCUAUGCCCAGAGGCGUAACCCUUGUCACUGAAGAAGAACUGAUGCAGCUGGCACACAUUAAGCCAACACACAGAAAAAACGGCCUGCAGCAGCAUAUUGGACUUCUUAUCCAAAAUCUUCAGAAACAGAUUGAACAUCAAGAAAUGCUGAAAGAGUUUGUUGACUUAGAACAUAUCAAGCCAACUGAUGAUUGCCUCAUUGGCAAAGCACCAGAAAACCGGGAAAAGAACAGAUACCGUGAUAUCCUGCCAUAUGAUGAGACACGAGUUCCCAUUGGGGAGACGAAGGGAUACAUCAAUGCUAGCUAUAUCCAUGUGCUAGUGGACAAAGAGGAGCUCUUCUACAUCUCUGCGCAGGGUCCUCUACCGUGCACUAUGAAUGACUUCUGGCAAAUGGUCUGGGAAAACCACUCCAAUGUCAUUGCCAUGAUUACAAGAGAGAUGGAACGCGGGACCUCCAAAUGCCAUCGAUACUGGCCUGAGCCGCCCUUCACUUCUCUGGAUUUGCUCAGGUUUCAUCUGCGACUCGAUAACUAUCAGAUCCUGGAGUGUUUCAUUAUUAGAAUAAUAGAAAUUAUGAACAAAAGGACGCAAGAAAAGCGCAUUGUGCAGCACCUCCAGUUCACAACCUGGCCAGACCACGGCACUCCCAGAUCGUCAGAGAACCUUGUCAAGUUUGUUCGCUUCAUGAGGAAAGUUCACAAGACAGGCCCCGUCAUCGCCCACUGUAGUGCCGGGAUUGGCAGGAGUGGCGUGUUGCUCUGUGUGGACAUUUUGUUGACCUACAUAGAAAAUGAUAUGCCUUUUGACAUCAAGAAGAUAGUAAGAGAUAUGAGACAUCAGCGCUUUGGCAUGAUUCAAACCAAGGAGCAGUAUGUGUUUUGCUAUGAAAUCGCGCUUGCAGUUUUGAAGAACAUUCAGAACAUGAAUCCCUUGCUGCAGUAAUAAGGAAACCUCUGCUGUCCCUGCCUCUCUUUGGCUCUCCUUGUUCCUUGCAAUUCAUUCAGUCAUGAUGCCCCAAGGAUACCGAAAGGUGCUGUACAAAUGGAAUUUGUUGCAUAGCAGUGCUUGGAAAACGAGGAGUUCUAAAGCAUUAUGUAGGAAAAAUAGGCACACCGAGAGUAGACAUGUGGCUGAGAAUGGGCUAUGAAAUACACGUGCUUGUCUCUGAACUCAAAUCUGCUUGUAUUUGUAAUGGUCUGUUAAUGCCCAGGAAAUUAACUGGGAUUAAUGGCUUCUAGGGGAUUUCCCUUGUGUGAGAGAUGUUCCAGGGUUACUAAGAGUAGGAAUACACAUUGUGAAUUAUGUAGGGAUGCUCAAGUGAAGGAUUUUACGUGUGGUCCUCAAUUCACGUGGAGGCUGUUCUUGCUCGCCGCAUGUGAAUGCCGUUUUCAUGGGAUCUCCCUUUGUGUGAUUGCAUCUGCAAGUGAGUUUGGAGGGCAGAGUGCCAAUUCAGUUCUGUUUUCGCUGCAAGAACAAGUACUGUAGGCUCUUUUGACUUGCUAAUUUGCGUUUCUUUAAGGUGUGAGAAUGUGUCAAGAUCUGUAUUUCAAUGAAUGGAUGUGGGGGGUGGGGGAAACUAGGAUACUUUCAGCAGUUGAGGAGGAACUGAUAUCGAACGCAUGAAUGUAUUCACAUGUAACAAAUUGAAGCAUGACUGUGUGAGCGAGUGCAUGGAAAGCUGAAGGGGGGUCACAUGAAAUGAGGUUCAUUUGAGCAUCCCUAGGGACUCAAUAACGUGUCUUUCCAUGCUAAGAGCUGGCUUUUCCUUAUUGGCCUCCAGCAAUGGAGGCUUGUGAGCCUACGUUUCGGACAGACCUGCUCCCCCCCCCAUGACAAUGUUCUCCAGAAAAGAUGCAGCUCAUCCCCAUCUUGUGGCUUAAGAUGUGUGACUUUGGCCAGUCUCAGUCAUCAGCAUCCUCGGAAGUCUUGCUUUA